AGAGCGUGGCCGUGGUUGUCGAGAUGAUGUGACGACGAUCCUAUAUUUCAGUGUGGGACGACGUGUUGGGUGUUUUAGUCAAGUCAGUUUUAGUGAUCCAUCUGCAGUCAGUUAAAUUUUAGUUUGUAAACCACGAGCGACCGAAUAAGUAGACUACUCGAAACUUUGUGUUCUGGUUUCCCCUGCAUUUGCUGAUCUACUAAAAAUCUUGUGUAGUUCUCCCUCUCUCGCUCUCUCCUUCUGCUGCUGCUGCUUUAUUCUCGUAUCCUAUUAUAAUUUGGAUUUAGAUCAGGUCAACAUUUUCCACUUAUUUACAUGUGCUUAAUUUUUUCGUACAGUUACGGAAAAGUGUGAAAUUAGGUGCAAAAACCCAUAACUAAAAAGUAUUAGUAAGUACCCUGCUGUGUUCUUCUUGUGUUGUGAUAAUAUGAGAACGACUUCUCUGCAGAGUUGUGUCAUAUGCAAAUAUCAGAACUCAAUACUUGUUAAUACUUCCACUUAUUUGCCAAAAAGUUGUAGCAAGUAAACAAAGAAAUAGUUGCGGAACAAUAAUAAUAGUGCUAAAAUAAUGGCAUCUGAAAAGAAGGUCGUCGUGGCCGGGACGAGCAAACCCCCUCGUCCCAUCUCCACCACGUCCAGCCAACUCUCCAUCUCUGACCGGAUGACGGAUGGGGAUGAGGAGGACAACGCCAGCAUGAGGUUGCCCACAGCGAGCUCCUGCAGUUCGGAGGUGGACCAACCACCCCCACCAAAAGAGGAAAUAUUACUUCCGUCCCCGCAAAUUCAGGAAGUACGACCCCCAUCGUCACAAAGACAAAGUCUCAACUCUGCUAAAACCACGACGCUAAGCACGAUAGCGAUGGAGUCCAAUACAGCUCCACCCGGAUCUGGGUCGAAGUGCAGUCCGACCAGGCUGGUCAUUGCAUUGCUUCAGACACCACAUCGGGGUUUACAACUUAAAGUUAUUGAACUCAACCCCCCACUACUCAAACUUCCGGAUAAUUAUUCAGAUGCGGAGGACUUUCUCAAGAAUCAUAACCAAGUUAUUAAGAAUCUUCAGUCGAAACAGAGUCCUGUGGAGGAGCUGUUGCGUCAAGCAGACAAUUUGAUCGCGACCCAGAAACCACGCGCCGAGGUUUACGCAGCGAUGGCCGACUCUCUGGGACAGACUUGGAAAGAUCUCAACUUGGUCUUGGAAGAGAGACGACUUGUGAUCCAGUUGGCAUUCAAUGCUCAUACGAACAUAUCCGACUGUCUCAAGAAAAUGGAUGAUGUUCACGCCUACUACUCCAGACUGAGUUACUUGGGAGGACUAGAUUUUGACCGGGAGGAAGGUGGACCACAAGACCAACUCAAAAGACUUAAGGCUGACCGGGCCGAAAUUCUGCGACACGUUGCCACCUGCCUUGAAUCCUGUGAUCAACUCGUAAACAAGAUUUCAGAAUAUAAUUACACCAUCGACUCGAGGGAGCUGGUCCUUGUCAAAGAUGUGGAGUUUGCAACAAGACAAGUUCACCGCUGGUUGGAAAGACUUCACGAUCGUCGAAUCAUACUGGAAGAGAGACUUCGGAACAAGAAGGAACAAUUGGAAGAACUUUCAGACAAUUCUAAAUAUGAUCAAGAAAUUCGGGAGGUUGUUCACGAACUGGAACAAUGCAUAAGUAUUUUGGACCAGUUUAAUUUUGGAGAUUCCGUCCCAUCCGCGAAACAAAGGAAGGAACACUUGUCACAAGUGGAGAAACAAUUAAAGAUUCUUCAAGAGAAAGCCGUCAGUGUCGUGAAACGGUUGGAAGAUGCGGAACACCGAGGAGUCAAGUUCAGUCAGCGAUACGGACUGAAAACCAAGAUUUAUGAAAUUCUAAGUCAAAUCAAUGAUCUCUUAACGGAAGCUAUGGAUUUGGAUUUAGCACUUUCGGACGCCAUAGAAUUUUUCCAGCUUGGGGAUGAGGCAAAGGAGAAGUUGGACUCGUUUUCUUCUACUGACCCAGAUCCAACGGCCAAAACUGAUCUGAACAAGAGAAUUUAUGAAACGUUGGCUAAAGGAGAAGCCAUUCUUCAAGCGUAUGGUUGGGACUCGCCAAAAACCAAGGGUGUGAGAGCUGUCCACGACUCCCUUCUGCAAAGGAAAGAAGCUUUGUUGGAAGAACUCGAACACCUCGCCGUGCUGGACGAAUACAAUCACUUUUUAGAAUCUGUUAACCAGACUUAUCAAAACAUUCUCAAUAUUGAAACAUCCACAAUUCGCCAACAAGUCGUGAUACCUGUCGACAGUCUAGAAUCGGUUUAUCAGUUCAAAACCAAUCAAGAGAAAACACUGGAGGACGUACGCCGAAAACUGGGAUUGGACACGUUGAUGUCCAAACUUCAAAAUAUUUAUCCAGAUUUGAGUGAAGAGGAAAAAUGCGGUUCUGAAACAAAAAUCAAUGAAGUAAAAACACUGUCAAAUCGAAUUGUGCAACUUUUACUUCAAAGAAUGGAGAUUGCCACCGACUGGGCCAAGAUUUUGGAAGUUUAUCGCACCACAAGAGAACAGGAUGGUGACAGGAAUAGAAUUUUGAGUGCCUUAAACCAAAUUGUUCACAUUCAGAAGGAAAAUGUUCAACCUUUGUUGGAUGAGAUUCAUAAAUCGGAUCUGGAUCUCGCGACCCUCAUGAUGGAGCAGGAAAUUGAGAGGAUUAUCAAAGAUCUGAGCGACAAAAGUGACUCAUUCCUGGCCGAUGGAAAAAUUCGAGACGUUUGUCACAAAUAUAAGGUGAAGUUGGACCACCAUUUGUUGGGAGACGGGUCCACUCAACAAGGGCCACAGUAUUAUCCGGUGCUUUCCAAGAAAGAUGUGGCUCAUGCAAUUAAAAACACCGAGUCGAAGGUCUCUUGUAUCAAUCUUGUCAUCCACAAAGUAAUCAAACCUAAAUUGGAGAACGCUUUGGUCAACUUCUUCCAACCUCUGUUAACUUCUUAUCGGGAAGAGAUUUUGGACAUCCAGCAUCCCUCCAGUUCGAAAACCCAACACGAAAUCGACUUGGAGCGUUAUUGUGACCGGUUAAAAGAAAGUUAUGUCACUGUAACUGCAGAAAUUGAGUCGUACUUAUCCAAAGUUUCCGAAAUCUGUCUCCAAGUUGAACAACGUGAAGAAUUGACUGCAGUCACAAGUUCUCAAAAGGAUCGCCCCCUCGAAUUGUUACAACAAGACCUCGAGCAGUUUGACAAAUUCAGAGAGGAAAUAAGUGACACAAUACGGACUCAAAUCGGGCCUAAAUUUGACCACUUACUACAUACUAUUCGUCACGAGGAGCCCCCAAAGGAGGGAGAGGUCGAGACGGAUUCUCUUCGUUCAAUGAUGGCCCACCUGGGUCACGACCAGGAGUUGGACGAAGCUAGAGAGCACAUCACGGGAAGUUUGCAGGAUCGAGUGGUUCAUCACGAUCUCGACCUGAUAACCACCCAGCUGCAGCACCUGAUUCGGGAACUGGAAACUCCAGCCAGUUAUGGAAACAGCACCGACGAUGCAGAUGAGAACAUUGAAAAUUACAGGAAGUUCGAGUCCACAGUGCAGACUCUGCAAGUUAGGCUGAGGGACUUGUUGUCGUCAUCUGGAAUACCCGACAGUCACGAGAAAGUUGUAUUCGUCAAGAAACUACUGGUUACUUUAGACGACAAACGAAAAGAAAGGCGAGACUUGAUUAUUCUGAGUAAAGACUAUUUUCGCCUCAUUGAGGAAUCUCUCACACACUAUGAGUCUGUCAAUAAGAUGCUUGGGAAAAUACGAGAGGAAUCAGAAGACGCAAAUCUUCAAAUUGAAGAUAUUGAAAAGCUCCUAGACCGGCUCAAAGGGAUUAAAAAGAAAGAAUCUGAACAAGAAGGAAGGCUGGAGGAGAUUAUUAGAAUUUCGCAAAUACUUUUCGCAUCAACUCCUUCUGAUGGCUCCCUUCUUCAGCAUGAGCCUUUGAAACAACGGAAUAUUAACUUAAACCAAAGAUUAAUAAGAGUGGAGGUCGAGCUACUCCAAAUAAUGGGAGCUUUGAGCUCGAAGUCGUUCAGUGAAGAUCCGAGCUCUCAACUUGACACUCAGCCUAUCACUGAAAUUUCAGUGACAGAAGCAGUGCCUCCUAUGAGACCGCCGUAUUUCGUCCCACACCCCCCAAUUUCAACUGGCACGCAUGGGAAAGAGCACUCGAUAGAACUCACGGUCAUUGGGGAGCCCUUGCCUACCGUUCAGUGGUACAAAGGGGGCGAAUGCAUCGACACCUCCCCGGAAUAUAUUAUCACGUUCAACAACGGUCGUUGCAAGUUGAUGUUCGACAAGUUAUUUAAAGAUGUUCACGAGGGAAUAUUCUCUUGCCAAGCUACUAAUCAAGUUGGAGAUGCGGAUACUCACAUAGAACUCCAAAUUUUUGAAAAAAAAUCGACUAAACCUAAGCAGGUCGUCUUACAACCGGAAACACCCAAGUCUGAACUAAAUGUUGAAAUGGUUUCCCCCCUUUUAAAAACGGAAUUAAAAGAUGAUGAUGUCAGCAUUGGUGAUACCAUUGGGGAUGUUAAGGAUACUACGAUAGCCUCAUCCGACACCAGAAAGGAGUCCAUUGUGAUCAUGAAUCCUGGCGGUGAUGCGACGGCGUCCAUACAAAAUCCAACAGACGAAGAUGUUGAGGUUAUGGAAAAACCAUAUUUCAAAACGAUCAUCCAAGAUCAAAUGAUCACAGCCGGUGAUAAGUUUGAGUUCCUUGUGGAACUUGAGGACAGUUGUGAUCCUUCUACGGAACUAAUUUGGCUAAAAAAUAAUAAGAAAAUUGAGCCAAGAGAUGGAAUCGAGUUUCAUAGAAAUGGUAAAUGUUAUUCGUUAAUCCUGAAAGAGAGCAAACUUUCCGAUAAAGGGAAUUACUUAGCAAAAGCUAUAAAUGCGGGUGGAGAUGCAAAAUGUUUUGGUUGUCUAAUAGUCAAAGAGAAUUUGGAGAUUCCACAGGAGUCCAGUCCUUACAUGUCGGAGAAGCAGCAACAACAUGGUGCUAUUCCCGUCACAAUGGUACGGAGCGAACCAUUAGCGAAACCAGCCAGAUUCGCAAUUCCAUUAGAAGGUCGAAUGGUUGACGAGGGUGCAUAUAAUGUAGUUUUAAAAUGUGUUGUUGAAGCACAUCCCCCAGCGCAAAUUCAUUGGACUAAAAAUAAUGGAGCGGAUUCAAUACCGCCAUCCCCUAACUUGGUAUUUUCAUACAAUCAGAAAUCUGGAGAUGUACAACUCGAAUUGAAAAAAGUUAGCAUUGGUGAUGCUGGGAGAUAUUCAUGCACCGCAACGAAUGCGUCAGGUGUGGCUACCAGCGUCUGCGAUCUCGUUGUUAAGAAAAUCGCGUUUCCGCCAGUGUUUAGUAAACGACUUCAGUCUUUAUCACUGGACGAAGGUAAACGUCUGUAUUUAGAAGUGGAUGUGUAUGGGAAACCGUCCCCAGAUAUAGUCUGGCACCGAAAUGGGACGAAAUUGUGUUGUGGGGAUGACGUACAUAUAAGAACCGAUACCCCAACCAGACAUGUUUUAAUCAUCCCAAAAGUUGUCCCACAUCUACACGACGGAGAAUACAGAAUUACUGCCAAGAAUGAGGCUGGAGAGGCAUCAUCCGUAUGCAAUAUCACUGUGAUUCCCAAUGUGGGAAUAAAGGCACCUCCUCCCCCUCUUCCACCGAAGCCCAAAAUUUCUCCAUCUCCGGAGCCCAAGUUAGCGAGCAUGCAACCUUUUUAUGGAGGCCCAUUCACUACAACCUUAACUCACCAAGAGUAUUCAUCUUUUGAAAGUGGAUUUUCAAAAUCUACUUCUGUCCACGAGUUUAAAAACCUCUCUCCACUUUUUAACAAAGACUUUUCCCCAGCUGAACCUGUUUUAGAGCCCGAAGCUGCCCCUGAGAUCUUGAUAGCGCCUAGUCCUACAAGCACACAGUGGAAGAAAACGCGGAAUCAAGUGCAAGAAAAGGUGAAAACGUUUGAAGUAAAAUCAGAAAUGCCUGAGUCAAUAAUCGCACCACCUUCUGGAGGGGUUAAACUUCUUCCAUUAAAAGAUAUGUCAAGCCCAAGCACGUCUUUCCAGCAACAACAACAACCAAAAGAACCUUCAAAGGUUGUGGAACUACCAAUUUAUCAAGUAGAUAAAUUUCCAUUCGCGGUUCCCGAACCUAAAUUGGAGGAGUUCCAAAUUCCUACAUUUGUUGCUGGACAGCCAAAGCAAUAUUCUGACUCUUAUUUUUCUAAGGAGGAAAUAAUCACUGAUAGGAUUUACAAGUCGUCAGCAUCUUCUAGUAAACAAAUCUUUACACCCAGUAAAUUUGAACUACCCGAUAGGACCAAGGAGUCAGAUUACGAGUCGGACUACGAAAUUAGCGAACCAAUGCCUGUUAAGUGGACGCCACGUGGUUCACCCAUGUCUCCGACUUUUACCUCAGUGCAGCCUCCGCCCGUUACCACAUCCGCAUUUGCGUCGUUCAAGCCCGACAUGAUGACUUCGUCAAGCGUAUUUUCCUCAGAGAAAACAUUUACUACGACUGCAGACAAAAUUAAGCCUGCUGUGCCACCGAAGCCGUUUCACCUACCAUCAACAACAGCAGCACCAACGAAUAAAAACGAUUCGGAAAAAGUUCGGCAGCUAGUCCGGUCUUGGCCACCAGCUGAAGUAGAAGAACCCAACCAAGGCAGGGGUGCAACACAUUCUUCAGGAUUGUUGUCGCCUCUACCACGGGAAUACCAGGGUCGUUCCCCAACACCAAGUAAAGACGCUUUAGAGAUGGAGAAACUGUGGUCGAAACCACUAAGGUUCAAGAGUCCUACAAAAUUUGACGCUAGUCCAAUCGCAUCGCCACCACCACCAAUGUCUCCGAUUCCAACUAACUUUUAUUCACGUUCUCCUCCAAGGAUUGCCCCGAAACCAGCAUUCUCCACACACACUCCUAGACAACUUUUCGGUACAGCAAGUCCAACCCCGUACCAAUUCCAGCCUCCAUCGACUGGUCUGAAAAGCCCAGAACCACAGUACUACGUUUCGGUAGUGUCGACACCGCGAACGACGCCAAUUCCGGGUCCCUUCUCCCCACCUUUCUCACCUCCACCAUUCACUCCCACCCCAGAACCACCUGGAGAUCCCCAGAGAAGCUUCAAACAGAUGAAAAACUUUUUUGAGCAAACUAGCUCGUAUUCUGCGAUUGAGGAGACGACUUCCUCUUCAUACCAGAAACGUCAGUCGUCAUCAAUGUCAUCAUCAUCAUUUUCCAAGCAAACGCUUCCCCCUAUGCCUACACUUUUAGAGUCGAGUUUUCUACCUCCUCCUGGGGAAGCUCCUGAGUACUUAUUUGCCCCUCUUCAAACACCCUCAACAUCAAUAUCUCCUCGAACUGGAAAAGCUCCGUUUAGAGGAUCAGACGCUGAUCCCAACCAAUUCUCUUCGUCCACCAAAACUGAAUACAGCUCUUCGAUGAUGACGUCGUCAUACAGUUCUUCAACCACCAAUAAAGAGGGGAGAAGAGGUCCAGGAGUUCACGAGAUUCGAGUAAUUCCUCCAACCCCACCCGCAACCACGCCAUCAGUACCAGUGCCAGAACCACAAGGACAUUCCCAGCCAUCUCGAGCCCUCGUUCCGUACAUCAAGCCUUCUAAAUUUACCCCCAAGCUCGACUUUGCCUCUUCUUUGGACUCGGAUCACAGAUCUUAUAACGGCGAUUCAAUUCUGAAUCCCACGUGGAAUCCUCGAGAUGAAAAAGUGACCAUGACCACGUGGAAACGAGUCUCCUACGAUCCACCCACAUCCACUUGGCGAGUAGAUUCAAAACCUCGGAGAAACUCUUUAACUAUUCUUGUCGACGAGAGGAUGCACGAUUUGAAUAAAAAAUUUAAAGACAACAUUAGUCUCAUGACGCAGGGUCUCUGCUAUAAUAAGCUGGACAGAAAAGUCGCUUCGCAGUUUGAACCUUCGUCGUCUGUCGGUUCUAUGAAAGCAAAUUGCGUUGGUGACUCAGCCAAACAACCCUUGGUGGAAGCCAACCCCUUAAUCUACUUCAAGUACGAUUUCGGCUACGAGUUUGGCAUCGCCGAUCCCACAAGUGUCAUCGUCCGUGCUGCCAGUGAACCACGUGAAAACUUUGGAGCUCUCCCCUCAUCUUCAUCCUCGACCAAGAAGAGCUACAUUGUCGACGAGACGGGUGUCAUUCAUCUUCCAAUCAUUCACGAAAAAUCUGGGAAAUAAGGAAUCCAUAUUAUUGUUUCCAUUAUAAGUAAUUGAAUGAAUCACUAUUUCAGUUUUGCAUGCAAUGUACAGAAAUAAGUAUGUUAAAAAAUGUAUGUUUAAAAAUGUGUGAGAGGAGAACUUUAAUUGUUUUAACUCAUUAAGGUUUCAAUAAAGGUUUGUUGUGUUCACAAAAUGUC